GCCAUUUGCAUGUCCAUCACCACUACUACUCUGCUCUGCCCUGCUCUGCUCAUCCCCUGCACCCAAAACACAAUUCUUCUCCUCUCCCCAUUGAAAUUGAAUUCAUUUCUUAUUCUCCAAGUUGUUGCAUUUAUUUAAUCCGUCAACUUUUUGAACUCGUCUGUCAUCGUCAUCUCCUUGAUUGUUCAUGCAAAUUCAUUGAUUCGGUUGACUUCCUCUCAUUCCCUUAUCAUCACCGCGCAACCGCACUCUGCAAUUUACCUGGGAAUCUCAGAAAUCGACCUCGACACGUCUUUUGUCGAGCUCUUAACUAAGAAACAGAAGAGUAGAGAAACAGAGGAUUGGCUUCUCCCACACACCACUAGGUUUCUUUUCUUCCUCAAACCCUUUUGCUUUUGGGACCAGAUCCGAUCCUCAUCUUCUCUUCCGCAGCAGCGAGUCUUUCUUCCCUCCUUCCCCGAGAGCUCGACCCCGAAUCCAGACUUUGGAAUCUGGCCCAGAGGAAAAAAAGAGAGAAGAGAGAGCUAGCUUCCCUGCCCUGCCCUGCCAUUGAUAACACUAUCUCUGUUUUUCAAGAACUGGAAUUUUCUUUUUGAGAAAAAGCAAACGAGUAAAUAGAAAGAAUCAAAGCAGAGACCGGGAAGACUAUAUAUAAAAGGGAGUGGAGGAGAGGUGUCGUCUGUUUGCUCCGGUGAUUGGGAGUCGGUAGCGGUGGAGAUUCUGGCGAGAAUGUACCGCGGUGGCGGCCGAGGAGGCCAUGGCUACGAGAAUGGAGUGGUGAUGACGAGAGACCCGAAGCCGCGGCUGAGAUGGACGGCCGAUCUUCACGACUGCUUUGUGGAUGCCGUAACUAAGCUCGGUGGCCCCGAUAAAGCAACUCCAAAAUCCGUGUUGAGGUUAAUGGGCUUGAAGGGAUUGACAUUGUACCAUUUGAAGAGUCAUCUGCAGAAAUAUAGGCUAGGACAGCAGUCAACGAAACAGAACACUGUAGAUCGAAACAAAGAUGACAAUGGAAAUUCAUAUUCAAAAUUCAGUUCAUCUGGAACAAGUACCAGCACGUCAAGACAUGAUCAUCAUCAGCAGGGAGAAAAGGCAAUUUCGGAAGCACUGAAGUGUCAGAUAGAAGUUCAACAGCGAUUGCAGGAGCAACUCGAGGUGCAGAGGAAGUUGCAGAUGAGAAUUGAGGCGCAGGGGAAGUACUUGCAGGCCAUUCUAGAGAAAGCCCAGAAGAGCCUCACACUGGACAUCAACUCCUCUUCUUCUGCAGCUCAUCAUCAGCUUGCCGACUUCAGCUUGGCCAUUUCAACUCCCUGCAAUAACACUGAGGAUCACAAUGCCCCCGCUAACAAUAAUAGCAACACCAGCCAUGGUUCGUCACCAUUUCAUAUAUAUGGAGGCAAAGUGCAAGAGAAUAACAAUCAAGUUGUUAUGAAGAUGAUGAAGGUUGAAGAAGGAGGAAGAGGAGGAGGACAAAUGGGUUUGAUCCAUUUUGACCUUAAUUCAAAGGGCACCCAAGAAUUUCUUGGUGUUAAUGGUAGUAAUAUUGCUCGUUUGGAGCCCAAGAUGUUGAUAUAGGUUUGGACUUUUGAGGAGAUAUAAAUAUCUUGUAUGACCUUUUUCUUUUUUUCUUUUUUUUUAUCGAUAAUGUUUUGUAUGACCUAACUGUUUCAUCAUCUAUGUAGAGAUGAGAAAUUCGCAUA